AGAGAGCGAGAAGAGUGUGGAAAAGGGAAAAGAAAGAACUAUUGGGCAGAUGUCAGAAGAAUCGAAGAGGAGAAGGACAGGGCAGAGAGAGAGAGAGAGAGAGAGAGAGAAGAAGAAGGAACAUAGUAAUCAAAGGAGUAGACUGGAACGAAGGAAGCAAUGCAGAGACAGUAAAGGAGUUCAUAAGAGAAAAAAUGAAAAUAGGGGCAGAAAUAGAAAGAACACAUAUGAUAAGGAUGAGGGACAAAAACACAAUAAUAGUGGCGACGAUGAAAUCAAUAGAGGAAAAAAUGAGGAUAAUAAAGGAACAAAGCAAAUUGGGAAAGGAGGUAUACACAGAUGACGAUCUGACAAGAAAAGAAAGGGAGCUACAGCAACAAAUAAGAAGGAUAACUAGAUUAAGAAGGGAAAAGGGCGAAGAUGUGAGGAUAGAAUAUAAGGAACUAAAAAUAGAAAACAGAUGGUACAGGUGCAACGAAAAUGAAGAGAGGCUGGAGGAAGAAAGAAAGAGAGGGGAAGAACAAUGAAAGUAGGGGAAAAGGGGGGAAAGGGGGGCUACAAAGGGGAUGAAAAUGUGCUUCUGGAAUGUAGCAGGGUUGAUAAGUAAGGUCAAGGAGAUGUGGAAAUAUU